CGGAUAUACGACAGGGGGGAGGGAGGACGUAGAGAUGCAUACGCUGCAGCGGCAGGGCGAGGGCGAGGGCGAGAGAGAAGGGGGAGGGGAGACAUCACACCCUUCUACACCUGCUGCGCCUCUCACACCGUCUGCACCGUCUGCCCCUGCUGCAGCAGCUCUGAUUAUCCCAUCACUGGACGAAAUUCGACCACAGCGCACGCACACGAAUCCUUUCCGCACGGACUGAGGAUUAUCCCAUCUGCUCAUCUUCAUCCUCGUCCUCGUCCUCAUCCUCAUCGCAUCCAUCCAUCCCUCCUCCUUCUCCUUCGUAUCCCACCAAAUCCCAUCCCUCUUAUCCGUCCCCAUCCAUCCUCUCCCACGUAUCCCAUCAAGAUCCGAGCCGGGUGUAUGAGCCACGCAGCAUGUGGGACUUCUUGACUCGAUUGACACUUGCUCCUAGUUCAAUCCUUAUCUUUCUCUGUACUUUCCCCUGUUUUCAUUAC